AUGAUCAUGCUCGAACCAAACCCUAUGCGAUCUGGAAUAACCAUAUACACAGAUGCUGUUUGGAACCCAUCUUCGGGAUCUGCAGAACUCGGUUGGAUCAUUGAUGAUCGGGUUUCGGCUACCAACCAUUUGGCAACUUCUUUGCAUGUCUUGUCGCCUCUUAUGGCAGAAGCCUUGGCUGUUAUAUCAACCUUAACCUUUGCCCUCUCUUGCGGAUUUGACUCCAUCACGCUGCUCUCAGAUUCUCAAUCUUUCAUCUCGAUAAUCAACAAGAAGGAUUUGCAGUUGGAGAUAUUCAAUAUCAUCCGUGAUAUCUACCAUCUUUCUGUUUCAUUUAUUUCAAUUACGUUUAGCUCCAUUCUUAGAUCGGCUAAUGCCAAUGUCAAUCAUGUAGUCAAACAAGUAUUAUGGGUUUUAAACCAAGUGUGA